UGGAUGUCGAGUGAUUUGAGUCAUUCGCCGGCGCCGCCGCCAAUCAAACCGAGGAGUCACAAGACCGUGCUGCUCGGGUGAGCGAAUGAUGAGGUCACAGCACCAGGCAAGAAGCAGAAGCAGCGGCAAGCUGUUCUCGUUGCUGUCUGCAGGGAUGCGUCAGUUGGCAAGUCGAGCAUAGUGAUGCGGUUCGUCAAGAACGUCUUCUCGGACGCCAUGGAGGCGACUGUAGGUAUUGAGAGCAUUCACACACAUAUUCUAUUCCACAUCAGCACACACACGGAGCCACGCACAGCAGCAGAGGGAUGGAUGCAUGGUUGUUUGCAGAGAGCAUUGCAUACCGUUCUGAUUGAGUGACUGACUGACUGAGUGUACCAGUGUCUGUCUGUCUGUGUGCGUCUAUCUGUUCUGUUGAUUCCUUUCGUGCAGGUGCGGCGUUUGCCACCCAGACGCUUGACGUGGACGGCAAGACAGUCAAGUUCGAGAUAUGGGACACCGCUGGUGAGUGGGUCAAUAAGCAUCGUGAGAGAGAGGGUACACCCAUGGCAUGCGCUGGCUUAUUGGUUGGCGUUCUCUUUCAUCUCACGCAUCAAUCCAUCAGGUCAGGAGCGGUUUUCGAGUCUGGCUCCGAUGUACUACAGGGGCGCGUCAGCGGCCAUUGUGGUCUAUGACCAGAGCAACAGACAGUCUUUCGAGCGCGCACAGACAUGGUACACACGUGGCUGUGUGUGUGUUUGGAGGGAGGCACUGCACACCACACCUGGAUGGGAUGUGUGUGGGGUGCAUGUGUGGUUUGUGUUUUGAUGUAUCAGGGUGAAGCAGCUGCAGCUGUCGGGCAACCCCAACAUCGUGAUUGCGCUGGCUGGUGGGUCCACACAAACACACACCACACAGAGAGAGAAGCGUGGGACUGACUGCCAUGACAUCGACAUGGUCGGUGUCGUGUGUGUGUGUGUGUUUGUGUGUGUUUUUCUCUCUCUCUCUCUCUCUCUCUGUGUGUGUGUGUGUGUGUGUGUGUUGCCGCGUCCGUCCGUCAGCCAACAAGAUGGAUUUGCCUGAGAGGGCAACUUCCCUUGAGCAGGCCAGGCAAUACGCUGGUCGGUGAGCUCAGCUCGGUGGGCUGGCUACAAGCACGCCAUCCAUCCAUCCAUCCAUCCAUCUAUCCAAUGUACUUAUUGAUUGGCUCAGAUGACAACGGCUUGUUGUUUAUCGAGACAUCCGCCAAGACGGGGCAGAACAUACAGCAGCUCUUCAGCAUGCUCGGUCCGUCGACAAAGAAAUAAGGAGACACUCGCUCACGGUCCGUCUGUGACCUGAUUGAUCAUUGCAGCACGGCGGUUGCCUGAACAGCCAGUGCAGCAAGCUGCGGCAGGUCAGACAGAGAGAGAAAGAGAGAGCGCCAGUGGGGCGAGGCGGCGACGAUGCAUGCAUCAUUUCGUUCGGUGCUUGGUGUGUCGUGUGGUGUGUGUCGUCGUGUCUGUCAUUGUCAGGUGCGUUGCGUUUGGAUGCGACCCCCAACACGGCCUCGGCCAAGCCAGCCACGCUGUCAUCGCGGUGCUGCUCGAGUGCGUGAGAGCCGACAGACAGACAGACAGACAGGCUGCCUAAGUGUGCGUGCGAGGUGAUGGAACAGACAGGGCGGACCGACCGGCGGGGCGGGAUGGAUACGUUUCGUUUUUUGACGACGCUGACUGACUGACUUGGCAGACCUCUGUGUUUGUUGUACAUGUGUGUGUAUGGG